AUGGUGAUUGUAUGGAGCAGGUAUUUCAUGAGUACUGCACCAGAUACAGCUCAAUUAAUGGGGAUGCUCCCCAAGCUAGUGAAUACAAAGAAGACCAUUGAAAUUGGUGUUUAUACUGGCUACUCUCAUCUCCUCACUGCUCUUUCAAUCCCUCGUGAUGCCAUGAUUAGAGGCAUAGAUCCAGACAGGGAAGCCUAUGAGAUAGGUCUGCCUAUUUUCCAAAAAGCUGGAAUGGAACGCAAAAUCAACUUCAUUGAAUCCAAAGCUUUACCGGUUCUGGACAAGCUUCUACAAAAUCAGAAAGAGAAUGAAGGGAGUUUUGAUUUUGCAUUUGUUGAUGCGGAUAAGGAUAAUACCUGAAUUACCGUGAGAGGCUUUUGAAGCUGGUCAAAGUUGGAGGACUCAUCGUCUUCGACGACACGCUUUGGGGAGGCACCGUGGUUCAACCCGAAGAGGAUGUUCCGAGAAAGAGAAAGGAAUCAUGGAGGUCGAUUAUCGAGUUUAACAAAUCGAUUU